AUGUAAGAAUAAUUAGAAAAUAUUCAAGUUCUUUAAAAACUUUAUUAAGUACAAGGAAAUACUUUUGAAGAAGUCAUAUCCAAUUUUAAAAAUUAAUAAAAGUAACAUCUUACUAAGCUAUUUAAAUAUAUAACUAAUGAGAAUGAAUUAAAUUAAUUUUAAUUAUAAGGAAAUGUAAUUGGAGUUGAUUUUGAACAUACUAAUGAUAUUGGAUUUGAUGGAUAAAUUAGUAUUGUAUAAUUUAAGGAUGAGGCAGAUGUGUAUAUUAUUGAUGUUAUUGAAAUCGGAUUAGAAAGUGAAAAAUUAAUUAAUGUCUUAAAAAAUAUUUUUGAAGAUGAUAAAAUAAUUAAAGUAUUUUAUGCAGGUAAUACUGAUAUAUAAUGGUUGAAAAGAGAUUUUUAAAUUACUAUAUAAAAUUAUUGUGAUAUCAAAGAAAUUGCAGAUUAGUGUAAAUUAAGUAAAAUUUAUGAUUAUGUUUAUAAUAGAAGGAGGAAGUGCUUUGAUUUAUCUAUGGAAAUAAUAUUGUGAUCAUUAAGUUUCUAAAUCUUACAAAACUAAUAUGCAAACAUCUGAUUGGGCUGAAAGACCUUUAACUUAAGAAUAAUUAAUUUAUGCUGCUUAUGAUUGCUAUUAUUUACCAUAUCUUAGAUAUGUAUUACUAUAAGAAUUAAGUAAAAUUGACAUCAAAUAGUAAAUUAAAAUUUAAAGCAAAUUUGAUAAAGCAAUUCUUAAAGAAUAUAAGAAACCUAUACUAUCCGAUUAAGAAUUAGCUAAAGUUGUUUCAAAGGAAUACAAUCUCUUAAUGCAAUUAGUUGUUGAAAAUGAUGACAAGUCUCCAAUCUAUUAAUAUUUAUAGACGUAGCCUGUUGCUGUAUAAUUGGUUAAAUUUAUAGGAUUAGAAAUCAUGAAAGUUAGAUAGUAGUAUGCAAUUUAUCAUAAUGAUCCUGUUGAAUGUUUAGAAGAGAAUGAAUAAGUUAUUUUAAUUGCUAUUCAUAUUUAUUAAAGAUUAAAUAUUUAAAAUAUUUAAACUUACAAGUUGAUUUAUCCUGAAUAUUAAAAUUACUAGAAUUAAUAAUAUGUAUUAACAUUAGAGUACAUUUAAAAAUAGAUUGAUAAAGAUUGGGAAGUUUACUUUAAAUCAUUUUGUAAAGGAUUUUAUUAGAGUUUUAUAUAUAGUUUAGAUUUUAUUAAAUUUGGAUUAUCUACAAUAUAUGAAGCUUUAUAAACACCAGAGUCAAAACAUUAAUAAAUAUAACAAAAGAUAGAUGAAAAAAAAUAAAAGUAAGCAGAAUUUGGUGAUAAAUAUACAAGAAAAAAGCCAGCUUAUGGAAAUUGUAAAAUAUAUUCAAAGGAAAAUUUCUUUUUGUGUAAUUGUGAUGAAAAGAAAAUUAAAUGGUAUUUGAAAUAAGGGUUGGCAGAUUUAAUAAGUGAAGAUCCUCCUACAAUUUAAUUGAAAUUUGAAGCUAGUGGAUUUAAAGAAGAAGGAUCUGAUAAAGCUUAAUAUAUAACAAUAGAGAGAGUGAAUUAAUGUGUAAUAUGUGGAAAAGAAAAUGAACUUUUAAAAUUUAAUGUAAAAAUUUGAAUUUAAUUGAUUUUUAGAUAGUUCCAGUUGUAUAUAAAAAACAUAUAUAAGGUAAAAGAUCUUAUGAUGUUGUAUGUCUAUGUUUAAUUUGUCAUCAAAAGGCAAGUGCUUAAAAUGAUAAAUUAAAAUUGACAAUUGCAGAAAAAUAUAAUAUAAAUAUUAAAUAAAAGAAAAAGGAUUCACUUAUAGAAUAGAUAAGAAAUUUAAUAAAAUCUGUUAAAGCAUUUUAUAAGAAAAAUAAAAAUCUACCAAAAGAAGCUUAUUAAAAAUUUUAAACUUAAUUCACUAAUUAAGUAGAAUAAUUAAAAAAUUAAGAAUAAUUCAUUUAAAUCAAUAAAUAUGAUAUAAAUUAAUUGAAAUAUGAAGAUAAUUAAAUUAAUAUUAAUGAUGAAUAAUUUUCAGCAUUUAUUGAAUAUUUGAUUGAAAAUGAAGAAUUAUUUAAUAAAUGUGAAGAUACAACUGAUCAUGGGAAAUUAAUUGUAGAAUAAUUAAAAACAGAAGAAUAAAUAGAAGAAUUUUUAGUAUUUUGGAGAGAUAAUUUUAUAAGUAUUAAGUUAAUAUUUAAUAUUUAGAUGAAAUGAAACCUUAAUAUUUAAAUGAGGCAUGGGCAAUUGAUCAUAAAUUUAAAAGAACUUUUGGAGAAAAAUCAUAAUAUAAUCCUAAUAAUUAAUAACAAUUAGAUGAUUAAGAAUGA